AUGACAAGGACUACCGUAGUCUCUGCUCCAGGAAAGGUUCUCGUUGCUGGAGGCUAUCUCGUUCUCGACCCUGCAUACUCGGGCACAGUCGUCUCCACCUCUUCUCGAUUCUACACCGUCGUGCACGACUGGAACAACCCCAACACGAUUCGCGUCCGUUCCCCUCAAUUCCUGAACGCGAUCUGGACGUACAAGCUCUCGAUCGAUGACUCUGGCGUACAUGUCGAAGCGGCCUCUACCAACACCAGCUCGAACAAGUUUGUUCAUUUAGCUCUUCAGAAGACAAUUGCACUCGCGAUGGAGUCCAAGGGAUCUGUUGCUAUCAACUCUGCGCUUGCCAAUGGCCUUGAUGUCGCGAUUCUAGGCGACAACGACUUUUACUCUCAACGAGCCAAGCUGGAAGAGCUAGGUCUGCCGCGAACAAUCCAAUCCCUCGACAAGAUCCCACCAUUCUGCCCGACGAACGUCGCGAUCUCCGAAGUGCACAAGACCGGCCUUGGAUCUUCCGCUGCACUCAUUACCUCCCUCACCUCCGCCCUCCUCGUCCAUCUCUCCGUCAUCCCCCAGUCGUCCCUGUCCGAAGACGACAACCCCGACAGACGUCUGGCACAUAAUCUCGCCCAAUACGUACAUUGUCAGGCUCAAGGAAAAGUCGGCAGCGGGUUCGAUGUCGCUGCGGCUGUCUUUGGAAGUCACUUGUACACCCGCUUCGACCCUGUGGUUAUCCAAGAUCUCAUGAACGAUACAGAGGCCCGCCUGAAGCUCCUCCCCACCCUCUCGCCCUCGAAUCCAGCGUGGGACUACCGCAUCGAGCCCUUCAAACUUCCGCCCUUGACGCGCAUUAUGCUAGCUGACGUGGAUGCUGGCAGCGACACCCCAUCAUUAGUUGGAAAAGUCUUGAAAUGGCGUAAAGAAAAGAGCCUCGAAGCUGAUGCGCUAUGGAAAGAUCUGGACCAACUUAAUCAAUCUCUUGCUCAAAUUCUGCUUCAUCUCGGCAAAUUGCACGACCAAGAUCCUCAGAACUACACGGAGGCCGUAAAGUAUAUCUCCACGUUGCAGCCCGUCCAGUGGCAAGCCAACCCUUGGCAACCAGUGGGAGAGCAGCCAGUUGUCUCCACUUUCUACGAGGCACAUCGCGUUUCAGAGGACAUCAGAGCAAAGAUGAGGCUGAUGGGUAACCUUUCUGGCGUCCCCAUUGAACCUCCCGAACAAACGCGACUCCUAAACGGAUGUGUUGGCCAGGCUGGAGUUAUUGGCGGCGGCGUCCCCGGAGCUGGUGGUUACGACGCUAUCUGGCUCCUCGUUUGUGACCCUGUCAACUGCGCUCCUGAGAGAUCUCCUCUUGAACGCAUCGAAUACUACUGGUCCAACUAUGCCGAACUCAACGUCUCCCCACUCUCCGCCAAAGAAAGUCUCGCCAAGGGUGCACGAUUGGAAUCCCUCGACUCAAUCCCAGGACUGAAAGCUGCUGUCCAGGCCGCAUGA